CCUCUGCAGUCUCGCUGUCCCCAAGCUGCUCCUGCCUCAUGGCACCAAUGGCGCUGUGCCUCAUCCUGGGUGAGUGACAAUGGGGACGUGGUGCCACGGGGGUUGGUGGCCCCAUGUGGGACCAGGACCAUGCCCCUUGCAGGUUGGUGUCUGGUGGCAGCCAGCAGGGCACAGCAGCUGCCCCAACCCUCCCUGUCGCUGCACCCCAGCCAGGGGGUGUCCCUGGGGGACACUGUCACCCUGCGCUGCCACCUGCCCCAGCUGGCUGCCUGGGUCUGGCUGUACCAGGAAGGAGGUGGGACAUACAGCAAGAGCAAGGACAAGCAGCAGGACUCAGCUGAGUUCUCCUUUGUCAGCACAAAUCGGGAACACACAGGUACAUAUCAGUGCCAGUACUGGGUGUCUGAGUCAGAGGAGAUAUCAGAGCAGAGUGAUCCCGUGCAGCUGGUGGUGACAGGUGAGGGCACUGGGGACAGCAGAUGGUUCUGGGUGCCCCCAACAGAACCAUGUCCCAAUGCUGUCCCCUUCCCUUAUGCAGAUCGGAGCUUCCCACCACCCAGCAUCUCCCUUCACACCAAGGAAUAUGUGGGAAAGGGGACAAAUGUCACCAUAUGGUGCAGGAACAAGGCUUUUGGGGCCACCUUCCUCCUGCACAAGGAUGGGCACUCAGCCCCAGUCCAGCACCAGGACUCUAACCUUGGGGGUACAGCCACCUUCACCCUCUUUGGGGUGACCCCAGCUGACACUGGCACCUAUCAAUGCUCCUACCGCCCCUGGCGUUACCCCUUUGUGUCCUCACCCCUUGGGAGCAGCGUGACACUGGAGGUGGCACCCACACCUGCACCCCCAGACCCCACAGGUGCUACAUUUACUUCUCAUGGGAACCUGGUGGCGUUGGUGGCUGGGGGCUGCACUGCUGCCUUUGUCUUCAUCCUCAUCCUUGUCGUCUUCUUCCUCCUCGCCGCCCGCAGACGUCGGAUACGGAGAGAUGAGAGCCCUGGUUCCCCCACAAGAAAUCCUGAGGCCAUGGAGUUCCAGGUGCCACCCGGUGACAGCGAGAGUCUGACCUACAUCAAGCUGCAAGCUGUGACCCCCAGCACACAGCACCCAACCCCCCCUGCUGCCCCCCAGCCCUCUGUUAUCUACGCCAAGGUGGCCACUGGGGGGCACCACUGAUGCCUCCGAUCUGUGUGCACAAACACGUGUGUGUUGGGUGCACACAUGUACUUCAAGUGUGCACAGUGCAGGUGAGUUGGGUGUGCUCACCGUCAUGUGUGCACUGCAUGCAUGUAUCUCUGCAUGUGUUCAUGUGCAUUACGUCUGUGUACAGUGUCACAUAUGCUCAGUAGAUGUACACAUGUGUGUAGUAUGAGCUUAUCUCUGUGCCUCCAUAUUUGUAUGUGUGACCUCAUACAUGUACACUGAUCCAUGUGCACAACACUGCACAUGUGUGUCCUUACCGUGUGCCCUGUGUCUGCACCACAUCCGUCCCCACAGCAAACACCAAGGACACACGUGUGCUCCCCAUGGCACAUCUACAUCGCUCCAACCCAAACCAGCACCCAUCCCACAACGCUUUUGGGACAGGACUCUCAUUUCUGGAGGGUUUUCUUCCCACACGUCUGGAGAAUUCCCUUUCAGAAGGGUUUAUCCUGCUUUUUGGGGGAGGAUUCCUCUUUCUGCAAGGCUUUAUCUUUCCGGUAUUUCUGGAGAGUUUGAUUCCUAUUCCAAGAAUUCCCAGUUGUGGAGGCUGUAUUUA